AUGUCUCGGAUAGAUGCUCAACCUUGCAUGGACAAAAACCUCAAUUCUAUCGAACUGGAUUCCAUCAUGACUGUAGACUACAAACAACACUCUCAAGAUACGACUUCUAACACGAUGCUCGAAACCAUCUCUAAUGAUGGCAGUGUUAUCAACAAAUCUCGACGAAAAAGGUCACGACAUCGCAAGAACACGACUAUUGUGGUGUCAGAAGGAAGUGACAUGGACGCAUCUGAAGGUGACAGAAGUUCUCCAAGUCGCACUGUCGAGAAAAAAAGGGAAAUCAGCAAACUUGUCAUAGGAACGAGCAAGGUUCUUGGAAAAGGCUCGGAUCUUCCCUCGGAAGAACGUCCUUAUCAUGAUUUUUUUCCAGAUCUGAUAAUUGAGCAACCCAUGCCCAUUCUUCGAUAUGAUACUGAUCGAUCCGAUUCACUCGAAUCCAUCAUGACCUCAAGUAAUGAAGGCAUCAAUAUGGCUUGCGAUCCUUUACAAAACGACACAACUGUUUGUUUGUCUGUCAUGGGUCAUCCAUCUGAAAUCACUAAAGGUGUUUGUCCGCCCAUGACAAAAACAUUGCCUGUAUUGUCCAUGGAUGCUUUUAAAUCGGUACCUACUCCAUCAUAUACUAAACUCAAUAAUACAGAUCAUUUGGACAAAGUCGUAAAGCCUCUUGCACCUUAUUCUCGGCAUAUUGAGCCAUCUGAAGAUGAUCUUGCAGAGCGUGUAGAAUACGAUAUGGAUGAACAAGAUAGAAUAUGGCUUAAUAUGCUCAAUGUUGAAAGGAAACGACAAGGUUAUUGCAUUUGCACAGAGGAUCUUUUCGAAGCCAUUAUUGAUCAUAUCGAAAAAGAGUGGUUUGAUUUGACCAAGGAUUUUCCUAAAUCAGGAAGGGACGACACAUUUUAUCCCGAAGACAUUUCUUGUGCAGUGUGUGACGAUGGAGAAGCAGAAAAUAGCAACGCAAUCGUGUUUUGUGAUGGCUGCAAUCUCGCAGUACACCAAGAUUGCUAUGGCGUCCCGUUUAUUCCCGAAGGGCAAUGGCUUUGUCGCAAAUGCAUGCUUAGCCCGGAAACACCUGUUUCUUGCCUUUUUUGUCCAAUUAAAGGAGGUGCGUUUAAGCAAACAACGACCAAUAAAUGGGUUCAUUUGAAUUGCGCCAUGUGGAUUCCCGAAUGCCAUAUUGCCAAUACAGUUUACAUGGAGCCAGUGGAGGGCACUGGCAACAUUCCAAAAAGUAGAUGGCGACUAAUUUGUUACAUUUGCAGAAAACGAUAUGGCGCACCUAUUCAGUGUAGUAACAAAGCUUGCUUUGUGCCAUUUCAUGCAUCAUGUGCUCGAAAAGCAAAACUGUUUAUGAGGAUGCGAGGAGUCCACAACAAUGAUCCCAACAACUUUCGUGCAUACUGUGACAAGCAUACGCCAAAAGAAUAUCGCGAGCUGGUAGAUGUCGAGGCAACAACUCACGCAGCUCAAAUGGAGCUUUUCAAUGUGCCUAUUCCUUCAAUGAUUCAUCAAAAGCGUUCGAUGUAUGGUUCUAAUAUCAGUGAUGCUCUUGAUUCAGACGAUGAUCAAAGCAUUGCAUUGCACACAUCAACUGGGCCUCGGAAAAAAAAGCAACUGGUGCAUGGAAGCGACACUAAUCGAUCAGAUUUCUCCAAAUCGAAUGCAAGCGGUACAGCUAGCUCUGUCUGCCAUAACGCAGGGAAUCAGAGUAGUACCGUGUCACAUGCUUUAUCAUUUCCAUCGACUUCAUCUGACAUUACAAAUCGAUUACAGUUAUGCUUGGCUACUCCAGUAAUUCCACAGUAUAUUUUUCAUCAAGUUUUGGAAUCAACUACAUCCUAUUCGCCAAGAAAAAAGGACGAACUGAUUGGAAAAAUUGCAAAAUAUUGGUCUUUAAAGCGUGAAAGCAGACGAGGAGCAGCUCUUCUUAAGCGACUUCAUCUUGAGCCUUGGACUACCACUGCAUCUGCCCACAAAGAGGAUGAAGAAUUUAAGAUGAAGAAAUACGAGCUGCUUGGCGUAUUGAGGCGAGAUUUUGAGCGGGUGAGAUUGCUUACUGAGUUGGUCCGCAAAAGAGAAAAGGAAAAGGAAAGGAUUUGCAAAAUCCAGUACGAAUACUUUGAAAAGUUGCUAAAUCCACUUGCAAGCAUAUUUCGCCCUUUACUAGAUCAACUCAAAUAUAUUGAUCGUCAUAAAAUCUUUACGUUUCCUGUUAGCAAGGAAGAUGCUCCCGACUACUUUGAUCACGUCAAGUCGCCAAUGGAUUAUACGACAAUGACGCUAAAGUUUGAUGCCUUUGAAUACCUAACGGUUGAUGAUUUUCAGGCUGAUUUGGAUUUGGUGAUCAACAACUGCUUAUUUUACAACAAACCAAAUACUGUUUACUCGAGAGCGGCUUUGAGACUCAAAGCAACUUUGGCUCCAAUAAUGCAGGAUAUAAGGAAACGAACAGCAUGUACAUUGACAGAUACUGGGCUGUUAAACACCAAUGUCGAUCAUUCAGAUAUGAUUGGAUAA